AUGGCAUCGAACGACUAUGAAGCGAUCAACAAAGCUAAUUGGGACGAACGAGCGCCUGAGCAUGCCAAAGCGCCAAGCUACUCAGUGGACCGUUUUAUCAAAGAUCCGAAGUAUCUUUCUGAUGUCGUGAAGUUCGACAUACCACUGCUACCAGAUAUCAACGGUCUUGACAUCGUGCACCUGCAAUGCCACAUUGGAACAGACACGAUAUCGCUGGCAAGACGUGGAGCCAGAUCUGUUGUCGGGCUCGACUUCAGCUCAGCUAGUCUGGAGGUCGCACGUUCUCUAGCCGCAUCUGCUGCUGGAGGGGAUCGAGUGAAGUAUGUGGAAGGAAGUGUAUACGAUGCUGUCGAGGCUUGCGGAGCGGGAGCUUUCGAUAUGGUAUUUACUGGCAUCGGGGCACUCUGCUGGAUACCCUCUAUAAAGCGCUGGGCGGAAGUGGUCUCCAAAUUACUGAAGCCGGGGGGUCGUCUCUUCAUCCGCGAAGGUCAUCCGAUGCUCUGGGCCAUCGAUGAGAAGGUCGAGGACCAUAUCUCGGUGCGAUAUCCAUACUUCGAGACCCAGACCGGCGAGGUCUUCGAUGAGGAUACCACGUAUGUGAAGCUAGCAGAUGACUCGAAGGUCAAGGAGAGUGGUUUCAAAAGUACCAAGACUGUAAAUUGGAACCAUGGGCUGGGUGAGACCGUGACGGCGCUGAUGAGUGCUGGUCUUCGAUUGGAGACGUUUGUCGAGCACAAGAGUGUGCCGUGGGAGGCUUUGCCUGGUAAGAUGCGGGAGCGUGAUGAUGGAGAGUUUGAGCUUUGGGAAGGACAGAUGAAUUGUCCGUUGACGUAUACUCUGGUUGCGGUCAAGAGUUGUUGA